GGAAACUCUUCAAUUCAGAGAAACUGAAACUGAACUGAAAUUGAGCUGUUGUGCGUUUGUAUCUCUGUAUUUAUGCAGUAAAAUGGCAGAAGUCGGAAUUUCUCAGGAUGAGUUCAAGUGUUCAGUGUGUCUGGAUCUCCUGAAGGAUCCAGUGACCAUUCCCUGUGGACACAGUUACUGUAAGAGCUGUAUUACAGGCCACUGGGAUCAGGAGGAUCAGAUGAGAGUCUACAGCUGCCCUCAGUGCAAACAGACCUUCAGUCCAAGACCUGCUUUAGCUGAAAACACCAUGCUGGCUGAAGUGGUGGACAAACUGAAGAAGAGAAAACUUCCUGCUGACUGUUACGCUGGAGCUGGAGAUGUGCAGUGUGACGUCUGUACUGGAAGAAAACACAAAGCCGUCAAGUCCUGUUUGGAGUGUCUGAACUCUUACUGUCAGAAUCACCUUGAAGAACAUGAGAGUUUCUUUAAAAGAAAGAGACACAAUCUGACUGAAGCCACUGAACGACUGCAGGAGAUGAUCUGCCAAACACAUGAUAAACUCCUUGAGGUUUUCUGCCGGACCGAUCAGAAGUGUAUAUGCCUGCUUUGUACGAUGGAUGAACACAAAAACCAUGACACUGUAUCAGCUGCAGCAGAGAGGACAGAGAAACAGAACCAGCUGAAGGAGAUGCAGAGUUUGUUCCAUAAGAGGAUCCAGCAUAGAGAGAAAGAUCUUCAGCAGCUGAGAGAGGCUGUGAAGUCUCAUAAGAGCUCUGCACAGACAGCAGUGGAGGACAGUGAGAAUAUCUUCACUGAGCUCAUCCGCUCCAUUGAGAGAAGCUGCUCUGAGGCCACACAGCGGAUCAGAGAUCAGGAAAAGACUGCAGUGAGUCGAGCUGAAGGACGACUGGAGCGACUGGAGCAGGAGAUCAAUGAUCUGAGGAGGAGAGACGCUGAGCUGGAGCAGCUUUCACACACACAGGAUCACAUCCAUUUCCUGCAGAGUUUCCAGUCCCUCUCAGCUCCUCCUGGAUCUACAGAUGUAAAUGACAAUCCCUUCAGUUCUCUCUCCUCUUUUGAUGGCAUGAGAGAAUCUGUCCGUCAGCUGAGAGACAAACUGGAGGAUUUCUGCAAAGAGGAGCUCAAGAAGAUCUUUGACAGAGUCACUUUCACCAACAUUGUUCCCAGGACCAGAACCGACUUCCUACAAUAUUCCCAUCAGUUCACUCUGGAUUUCAACACAGCACAUAAAUGGCUCCGUCUGUCUGAGGGGAACACAGUGAUUAAAGUAGCUAGCAGAGAUCAGUCGUAUCCUGAUCAUCCAUACAGAUUUGAUUAUUAUCGUCAGGUGUUGUGUAGAGACAGAGUGUGUGAUCGACGCUGUUACUGGGAGAUUGAGUGGAAGGGGAAUACUGUGUCUAUAUCAGUGUCAUAUAAGAGCAUCAGCAGGAAGGGACGGGGUAAUGAGUGUCAGUUUGGAUCUAAUGAUCAGUCCUGGAGUUUGAUCUGCUCUAUUGACAGAUACUCAUUCAGACACAAUAACAUAGAGACCGAUCUCCCUGUAGAGUUCAUCAGCAGCAGAACAGGAGUGUAUGAUGAUGAUGAUGAUGAUGAUGAUGAUUAUGAUUUAGAGCCCAUCAGCAGUAGAGUAGGAGUGUAUGUGGAUCACAGUGCAGGAACUCUGUCCUUCUACAGCAUCUCUGGAGACACAAUGAUCCUCAUCCACACAGUCCAGACCACAUUCACUCAACCGCUCUAUCCUGGGUUUAGGGUUUGUAAACGAUCAUCAGUGAAACUGUGUUGAUGAAUCAGAACAGAUUCUAGAGAGAUUCUCUUCACCCCAAAAUGGAAAUCCUGUCAUUAAUUACUCACCCCCAUGUCAUUCCAAAUCCUUGAAGAAUUGGUUCACUUUUUAAAUGAAAAGCUUUACUCACCCUCAAGCCAUCCUAGGAGUAUAUGACUUUCUUCUUUCUGAUGAACACAACUGCAGAAAUAUUAAUAAAUAUCCUGAUGCAUCCAAGCUUUAUGGACACGCUUUGUUCGGCUCAUACUCAUUGAUCCCUAUCACUGCCAUUAUAAAGCUUGAAUGCGUCAGGACACUUAUCAAUAUUUCUGCGAUUAUGUUCAUCAGAAAGAAUGGUUUAUUUCAAAUUUUCUGAAGAGAAUAAAUCGCUUCUUAUGAUGAACACAUUUAAUUUAGGAUUUUACUCAUGUAAACAUUGAUCCGCGAACAUAAGCAGAAGCUCAACCUAACCUAAAUGAAGGUUUAAGGAUGAGUGAGAGAUACAAGAUAUAGAGAGUAAGAGAAAUCCAGAAAAAAAAACAAAGCAAGGAAACUAACAGAGUAGAGAGAGGAAAUAUGAAACAGAAGAAGAUGGAGACACAAUGAGACUCACUGCAAACAUGUCUGGAUGAUACCAGCAAAUACAAGACUUUCAAAACUGAAUUUAACACAUUCAAAGAUGAUCUCAAAAGACAAAUGGAGAGUGAAUUUGCUGAUUUUUUUAAAGAAAGAAAUACAGGAACAGAACGUCAAAGUCGAGGGAAUAUAGACAGAUUGAAGAGAAUGAAUCAAUCGCACAGUUUGAAGAUCAAUUCCUGUAAAUGAAGGAUCUGAGGAUCAAAAACCUGUGUGUUACUUCAACCAUACAUCUGUGUUGUGCUUUAUUUUCUUUGUUUUUAUAUUCAGUAUAAUCAUUUAUCAUCAUCAGUCAUGUAUGUUUUUAAUUUACACAUUUUAUCAUUUAUUCAUUUUAUUAUUAUUAACAGUCAUAGUGACUUUAGAUUGUGAUUAUACAUUAUACAUAGUUUUUCGACAGCUUUGUAUUUUGAUUGAUGUAAUGUUAAUGCAAUAAAUAUAGAUUUGGUUUUCCAUGGUUAACCUUUUUGACUUCAUUAAACUGACCAUAAAUCAUUAAAAACUCAUGUCAAGAAUAAACACAUCAAUGAGUGUACAUUAUUGUGUGUAUUUUUGUAUGUAUUGUAUUUAUUUUAGACUGAGCACAUUUUAACACAAUGAUCAUGUAUUUAAUUCUGACAUAAUAUUUGACCACUGCUGUUUCUCAUGACUUUUCCAUCUGUAAAAUAAGGUAUCUGCAAGAGCUAGGUAACAACCUUGAUAGCUACUCAUCAAGUCAAGGUAAUGUCUUCACUAAAUUGGGCUAAUUUGUACCAUCACUGUUUUACUGAGGGUAUUUUAAGGCUUUGUGUUGGAGGGAAAAUAACUGAAUCAAGUGUGUAAGCACUGCAAUCUUGUAUUAUUCCUGACACUGUUUUUGUGUAAAGUAAAUGGAGUUGAGUACUUGAUUCCACUGACUCCUACGGUGGGAUUCGGGAGUCGACUCUGACAAAACCUGGAAUCAAACACCGCUAUGGUCAGAUGAAGCCUGAUCAUUGAAACAUACACAACUGAGAUUUUUCAAUAAACCCUGCUUAUUCUUUAUUAUCGUUGUAUUGUUGUCACAUCCACGCCUUCCCGGACUCCGUUUCCCAGAAUCCUCCUGUUCCGCACUCCUGUUUGCACUUCCCUCAUCAGUCUUCCUGCCAUCUCCCCGGAUUCCCAGCACCUGUUGUCCUCGUCAGCACUCCCUUUAAGUUGGACUCACUCCCUGCACUCCUUGUCCGUUAUAUUGUUAGCUUUCCAUGUGUUAGUGUUGUUUCUGCUCCUACGUUCAUUAAAGACCCUUACUUUGUGGA